GUUGGUGAUACAAAUUCAAUUGACUGAUUUUCAGGUCUAGCGGUUUUAGGCUACUGUAAAAAGCUCAAAACCCAAGGUGAGACAAUUGAUAAAUAUGUCUACGACUAGCAAGGAAAGAUAGAAGAUAGAAGCUUCUCAAAUAGUUCAAUUGAAGAUGCUGCCUAUUUUGCCAUUUCGGGGCAAAGCAGCACAUGACCAUGAACCGUAAUUGGUUUUCUACUUUUGAGGUGUUUUUGCCAGAAAAGUACGUUCAAGGCGGAAAUCGCCAAUCAAUGAAGGCGCUUGGCAAGGGCAUUGUCAACAUUGAGGUGAUUGUCAAUGUCAUAAAAGCUAUACAUUUUUGAAAGUGCCAAAAAGGAAACAAAAGUUCGUCGCUAUUUGAGAUACAUAGGAUAUUUGAUAUGUUUGAGACUCAUACGUAACAUGCACAGAAGUUUUGUAUUUGUUGAUUUAUCCAACCGAGGAUCACCUUUACACUGUUGGUUUAGUUUUCCCGACAGUUCACUUACAGUCUCAAUAAGUACUUUUCCAUAGAAAUUACUAACUAGUAAAUUUAACAGAAGGGCUUCUGAAGAACGGAUAAAUGCACGAGAUAAUUAUUUAAUAUCAGAUUACUCGGCUUACCCGCUAUAUAUGUACGCUAAUCCCAACAGUAUGGCUUAUUGUCCAACAAUUCCCUGAAUAGUCAGCAGUAUGAUAUGCGGGAAUAUCAGUUCACGUUUAAGAGGGAUAAAGAAACGCUUACCAUUAGGACCGCCAAAUCCUUCAACGGAAUGCAGUCAAUGUACCCAGGUUGUAUCGUCCCAAGAUGUUUCGCAUGACCUACCGGUUUAUGGUAACGUCGAGGUACCCAACUCUAGCGACAUCAAUCUUGGAAAUGAAAGCUAUUAUAGAAAACCCCUAACAAUAAAUCAAGUUACACCUAUAUCAAACGGGGAGGCAAAGAUUGAUGAGAGUGUUGACAAUCGAUCUCCGCAACAAAAAGGUGCGCACUGGUUCCAGAGAUUUAUUCGCCAACAUAUUAUCGCAAUCCUGUUCUUGACAGCAGUACUACUACUGUCACUAAUGGCGUUUUGGGUUGUGUUGCUAAUUGCACAGAAAACCUCCCCUGAGGAUAGCGAUGAGGAAAAUAGCACAAGUUGCCCCGCAAGUACUACUGAAGUCUCUACCGCAACUACGGAAUUCCGCUUGAUUUCGCGAAAGAAGUGGCUGGCCGAAACGGCUAAAGCGGGAGUCAUGGCGCUCAAAUUACCCGUCGCUUAUGUAUUCAUAAUACAUACAGGUAGUCCGUCUUGUUCGACGGAAAACACCUGUGCAGGUGUAAUCAGGGGUCUACAACAAUUUCAUAUGCAGGGAAAGGGGUGGAGCGACAUCGGAUAUAGUUUCCUCGUUGGAGGUGAUGGUAACGCUUACGAAGGAAGGGGAUGGUACAGCGUAGGUUCACAAGUGACUGGGUCCAACGCAAAGAGUAUUGGAAUCGCAUUUGUUGGCAAUUUUGAGGAGAAAUCACCACCACUGCAUCAAUUACAAGCAGCCCAGGAACUUAUCAAGAUUGGUUUAAAGUUAAAUGCUAUAUCUCCCAACUAUAAGCUCCUGGCUAUAAGACAGAUACUGCCAACUACAAGUCCAGGGAAAGCAUUAUUCAACAUUAUUAAGACAUGGGAACAUUGGUCAGAAAAUGCUUAGCGUCAGCAGCUGUACUGUUGUCGUCACGGACGACGUUUUGCUAUUUAUGUAUUUUUUUAUCAAAAAUA